UAUUCUCUCCCCUCGACUACAAAAGCCGCAUUCGUCGACCAAACACCCCGCGGCCUCCUCCUCCUCCUCUUCCCUCUCUUCGCCUCCCCUCUAAACUCUCUUUCUCUCUUUCUGGAGUCCUGAAAGAAGAUAUGUGCAGCGGCCCCCGGAAGCCCUCUCCGCCACCGUCUCUCUCCACCGACGCCGCCGACAUGAACGCCGGCGGCGACCCGAAGAAGUACCCAGAGGCCGCCGUCCUCCUCGAGCUCUCGGCCUCCGACGACCUUCCCGCCUUCAAGCACGCCGUGGAGGAUGACGGCCUCCCCCUCGACUUCAGCGCCCUCUGGUACUGCCGCUCCCCCGGCCGACGGACGAUGGGCUUCGAACAGAGGACACCACUCAUGAUCGCCGCCCUCUACGGCAGUCCCACCGUGCUCUCCUACAUCCUUGCCGCCCGUCCCACCGAGGCAUCUCGCCGCUCCCCGUCGGACGGCGCUACCCCGCUCCACUGUGCCGCCUCCGGCGGUUCCUCCUCUUCUCUCGAAGUCGUCAAGAUGCUCAUGGACGCCUCCGCAGACGUAGAUUUACUCGAUGCCGCUGGAAACCGCCCCGGCGACGUCAUCGCCCGCCACUUCUGCUCCUCCUCCACUCGAUCCCUUGAAAGCGUCCUCAAACCCUCUUCUCCGAGGGUUUCUUCUCCAGGAGGAGCAAAAGAAGCGGAGAAGACCGGCGAGAAGAAAGAAUAUCCUCCCGAUCUCACUCUCCCCGAUAUCAAGAAUGGGAUCUACAGCACUGACGAGUUCCGGAUGUAUACCUUCAAGAUCAAGCCUUGCUCCAGGGCCUACUCCCACGACUGGACCGAGUGUCCCUUCGUCCACCCGGGAGAGAACGCCCGCCGUCGCGACCCUCGGAAAUAUCCUUACAGCUGCGUCCCCUGCCCGGAGUUCCGAAAAAGUUCAUGCCGGAACGGCGAUGCGUGCGAGUACGCCCAUGGGGUGUUCGAAAGCUGGCUCCACCCGGCCCAGUAUCGGACCCGUCUCUGCAAGGACGAAACCGGCUGCAACCGCCGCGUUUGCUUCUUCGCCCACAAACCGGAGGAACUCCGGACCGUCAACCCCUCGGCGGCCUCCGUCGCGGGGAUGGUGCUCUCCUCUCCGAGAUCGUCACCACCGGGGCUUUCGUCGUUGGACAUGGCUACGGCUUUGAUGUUGAUGCAGCAGCCGGGAUCGCCCAUGUCAUCUUCCACUUCGUCGGGAUUGGGCGGGGCGACGGUGUGGACGAGUCAGCCGGGCGGCUUGAUGACGCCGCCCUCCCUGCAGCUGCCAAGCAGCAGACUGAAGGCAUCGCUGAACGCCAGAGAUUUGAGUUUUGACCUGGAUUUGCUCGGGCUCGAAGAGUACCAGCAGAAGCUGAUCGAUGAGAUCUCAAGCACCGCCUCACCCAGGGCCACCUGGACGCCUAACUCCCUGGGCGCAGCUACCGCUGCCUCUCGACCAUUGGAUUAUAACGAACUAUUUGGUUCUCUCGACCCAUCGUUGCUAUCUCAAUUGCAGGGUCUCUCUCUGAAACAGGCGGCAGCUGCCUCGGCCUCGGCUGGAGCUCAAUUCCAAUCGCCCAGUGGAGUCCAGAGGCAUCAGUCUCAAUUGCUUUCUGGCUAUGGAGGCAACUUGCCUUCUUCCCAAACGGUGAGUGCCACUUCAUCAUAUGGGCUCGAUCAUUCGAUGGCGAAGGCCAUCAUGAACUCGAGGGCUUCAGCGUUCGCAAAGCGGAGCCAGAGCUUCAUUGACCGUGGAGCGACGGCAAGUCGCCAAUCGACCCUCUCUUCGAUGAGUACCGCUGCAGCGGCGCCGGUGGUUUCAUCGGGUCUUUCCGACUGGGGCUCGCCGGAUGGGAAGUUGGAUUGGGGAAUUCAAGGGGAGGAGCUGAACAAGCUGAGGAAGUCGGCAUCUUUGAACUUCCGAAACAAUCAGGGCGGAAGCGGCUUUGGAGGAGCAGCCCCGGCGACUGCAGUGCCGGGGGGCUUGGAUGAGCCGGACCUAUCUUGGGUGCAGUCACUGGUUAAGGAUGGACCGGCAGCACCAAUUGGCCGGCGUGGCCUGGAACAGCAGCGGAAGGGGUACAAACUCAACGGUGGUGGAGGCGACUUCCAUGGAUCGGAGCUCUUCUCUCCUUGGGAGGAGAAGAUUAUGGCUUAAACGCCAUCAACCAAUACUCAUCAUUGAUCUGACAAGAAGUUCUUUUCUUCCUUCGUUCCUUAUAUUUUUUGAAUCAAUUAUAGUCCUAGCAGCGUCUGUCUUGUCUAGAUGGCAAGAAGCCCGAAGGGUAUCUGAGCUGAUCAGAUGCUGUCCGCAUAGUUCUUUCAUUUAUAUAUAUAUAUAUAUAUAGCUUAGCUUAAAUGGAUGGAUGUAUAUAGGUAGCAGAUGGGUUAUCGGAAGUUUAUGAAGAAAAGAAUAAACAAAGAGUUGUAGUAAGUUAUUAUUAUUAUUAUUAUGACGGUCUUCUGCUAAUAGACCAUUGAAUCAUAUCAUCCCCGAGUCCUGUAUCUGCAUUGAAUUGAUGUAUCAGUUGCGAAAACUCGCUUAAUAUUACAAAGUUUCUUUUA